UUUGUAGCAGCUCGGUGAAGUUUGUUCUCGCGCAGCAGUGAUUUAUCCCCUCAAACGAGGGUCCACGUGAGCUCAGGAGACCGUUUUGUGUUUAUUGGGGAUGUUGAGUGAACGGUGAGUCAGGGAGAUGAAGAAACCUCACGGAUGGUGACGUCAGGGCGGUGGUUUCCUUUAUUUCGCAGGUUUGCAAAUCGGUUUAACUUGGUUGUUUUUGGAGGAACUUCGACAAUGUAGCUCCUCUCACUGUGGGAUGCGCACGCUGUGAAACUCUCUUCGAAAGGCUAUUUAUUAUUUUUAAUUAUUAUUUAUUUUUUCUUCAACUCGAGACUUUUUACUGCAAUUCCUGUGGCAAAAAAAUAACAUGUUGGAAAAGUUGUCACGUUAUUCCCCCACGGAGGGGGAACGUUUUUCCGGAAAGAGUCGGUGGACUUUGGCGGCGGUCGCUGUGCUCCUCCUGGGGUUGUUUGCCUCGUCUUGCUGGGCGGAAGAAGCAUCAUGUCACGGAGCCUACGACCUCUACUUUGUUUUAGACAAGUCCGGGAGUGUCUCCGAUAACUGGGUCGAGAUUUACUCGUUUGUGAGGAACCUCACCGACCGAUUUGUGAGCCCCAGGAUGAGAGUCUCGUUCAUCGUCUUCUCGUCCCAGGCCAAAGUGCUGCUGCCGCUGACUGGAGACAGAAAGGAGAUAGAGGACGGUCUGAAGCUGUUACAGGAAGUAAAACCAGCUGGAGAAACAUACAUGCACGAGGGAAUAAAAGCGGCCUUGACUCAGAUAAAGGCGCAGACCACCAAGUCCUCCAGCAUCAUCCUGGCUCUGACAGACGGGAAGCUCAACGCUUAUAUUCACCAGCUCGCAGUGACAGAGGCCGAAGAGACGAGGAACUUCGGCGGCCGUGUUUACUGCGUGGGGAUCAAGGACUUCGAUGAGCAGCAGCUCGCUGAAAUUGCGGACAACAAGGACCAAGUGUUUCCUGUCAAAGAUGGCUUCCACGCGCUCAAAGGCAUCAUCAAUUCUAUAUUAAAGCGAUCGUGCACAGUGAUCCUGAGUGUGGAGCCCUCCAGUGUGUGCGUGAACGAGUCCUUCGACAUCGUCCUCAGAGGGAACGGCUUCCCUUCCGGCCGCAGCAACGACGCCGUCGUCUGCAGCUUCAUAGUCGACCAGGAAACCUUCACUCGUAAGCCGACUGUUGUGCGUGACGAUUACCUGCUGUGUCCGGCUCCGAAGCUCUACGAAGUGGGACAGUCUAUGGACGUUCUCAUCAGCCUGAACCACGGCAAGUCCUUCAUCUCCAGCGCCUUCACCAUCACCGCCUCCACGUGUUCGGACGGUCUGGUGGUGGCCAUCGUCUUCCUGGUGCUGCUGCUCCUCGUGGCUCUGGCCCUCAUGUGGUGGUUCUGGCCUCUUUGCUGCACACUGGUCAUCAAAGACCCGCCGCCGCCUCCUCCACCUUCCCGUCCUCCGCCACCUGAGCCAGAGCCGCUGCACAAGAAGAAGUGGCCGACCGUGGACGCCUCCUACUACGGAGGAAGAGGAGCCGGAGGGAUUAGCCGCAUGGAGGUGCGCUGGGGCGAGAAGGGCUCCACCGAGGAGGGGGCCCGGCUGGAGAAAGCCAAGAACGCCGUGGUGUCCAUACCGGAGGACUGUGAGGAGCCCAUGAUCAAACGUCCCACCCCGAAGGCCGCCCCCACCUACCAUCAGAACCAGAACAAAUGGUACACCCCCAUCAAGGGUCGUCUUGACGCUGUGUGGGCUCUGCUGGGGCGGCAGUAUGACCGGGUUUCCCUCAUGAGACCCUCAAACGCAGACAAGGUAAGUCGCAAAACAAAGUGGGAAGAUUUAUCUGCAGGGAGGCCUGAAACACAAACCAUGCAGAGGCAUGCAGGGUUGAAUAAACGGGGACGUGUAUGUCUGUGUUUUACUGAAGUGUGUGUGUGUGUGUGUGUGUGUGUGUGUGUGUGUGUGGGAUCAGCUUCACAGUGGUGUGUUGUGUUUGUAGUUACACAAACAUACAGCCUGAAGGCAGUGAGUCAAAGUCUCAUCAGGGCAGCUUGUUGCAUUCACGGAUUUAAAGAAGACAUUUCAGCCUUCUUGUUUGUUAACUAUUCAUUGUUGUUGUAACUCUUCUAUAAAAGCCCUCAUCCUCAGUAUGAAGGUGUUUGUUUUUAAUCCUUCCAGAUCUUUUGAGUCACCACAAUCACAGUUCAGAGCUGGUUAUUUUAUUGCAGUAUUGAGUUCCAGCUGUGGCGGUUACAGUAAUCUGUUUGCUGGCUCUCAGCAGAAGAAGCUGCUGGCUGCAGUUUAGCGCCGCGUCGUCUGUUCCCUAACUGGGCCGAUGUGAGCGGCUCGCUGAGGGACGACUUAAUAUGGUCAGACCGUGACUUUCCUCAACCUCCAUCAGAGGAGAGGAGGAAUAUCGGCUGCACUGAAACCCGACACCACGCAGGCGGUGUGGAGAGCACGCCGCUCGCAAACCGCCACCGAUUUAGAGUAAAGCAGAUGUUUUGAUGUGUUGUGAGCUUUCUAAUGCAGCGGUUUAUCCAACAAACCACCGUUUUUAUUUCUUGAGGCCCAGAAACAGAUUUUCUUUGGCCUCCUCUUAACAAGAAACUUCAAACUAUUGCACGGUGAAUAAUGUGAAGUCCUCCAGAAGCUGUGCAGGAAACAGUGACUCACCUGUACAUGCAUUUAGCUUGUGUGGUGGUCCCUUCUGAUCGUCUUCCACUCAACUCAGCUCUGAGAACAGGAGCCAUGAGAGUUUUCUUUAGCGGUUUCAUGUCAGACUGCAAAUGUCUGCAGAACGUAGACAAAAUGAACCGGUGGGCCAGCUGUGAGCCUGCCAGUCACUGCUCAGGGUGUUUAGGAUAACUCAGAAUAUCAGUAGUGUCCCACUGUUGGGUUUCAUCCAACUGUUCCAACUUUCUCUUAAGUUACUGACAUUUUCCCACCUCCUGUUGCAACCUCAGUUCUUUACACCCUUUUACGGCCAAUGUCAUCAAGAAUAAGCAUUGUUUGGCCCCAGCUAGAGUUAUCAAGUAUUCGUCAAACAUUGAUUUAAAACUGUUGGCAGCAUCACAGCGUUUUACAUGUGACCGUGUUAUCUAGUGAAUCUCGUCACGUACAUCUUGUUUAUGAUGAUAAUCACAGAUGAGUUUGUAUUUAGAACCGGUUGAAGGCUCUUACGAGGACAUGUACAUGCUCUGUUGGUGUCUUCAACAGCUGGCCUUACGCAUACGGCUGAGAGUCACCAGUUAAACUGAAACACCGGCAGUGUUGACUACCACUGGACUGUUUGUAGCGUCCAUUUUAAAAGUGAGUAAAGUACAUCCACACUGAUACGUUUGUUCCUGGACAGUUUCUGUGUGGACUCUACGAUGGUUAGAUAAAUAUGCAUCAAUAAGAAACGGAAAGUCUUCUGUUUUGUGUCCAUCGUCCUCCUCAAAGCCACAAACGCCCGCUCCGUAUGGCUGAUAACGCCGCUCGCUAAUCACUCCAAUAACAGCUGCUUCCUCCGCAUGUCGGCAGUAGUAGAAUUAUAAAAUGCAGAAUUUAACUGCACAACAGCUGCUAUUAUAGACCACAAGGUCAGCAACGCCUGUGAUCAGUUGGCCGUGUUAAAUGAACCUGGUAGUCGAUCGGUGAUCACGUGAUAGAGGCGUGACGAAUCAGGGAGGGACACGUCGGGACUUCUAAGAACCAAUCAAGUAGUGAACGCGGGUGUCUUCUGCAUUUACAACCGUCCACACUAGGAGAUAUACACUUAUUGUAAGUCGCUUUGGAUAAAAGCGUCUGCUAAAUGACUGUAAUGUAAUGUAACCCCGGAGGUUUCAAACGUAUCCGAGCUCAGGAGCGUUUUUAAACUCCUCUGUUUUCGGUGCUCUAAAACUCCGGCCUAGUGGUGACGCUCAGUGUGAACGUAGCAGAAGAUGUGCAUUUUUAAAAUGGAAAGUAAUAGUGUGGACAUGGUGUUUGAUGUUAUGAACAUGAACACAGAUCCUCUAGUGAUGUGUAGCUGGUAAUGUCUCUCACUGAUGGCACACAUCUGGAGUCACUUUGGUUUGGUUACAUUCUCCAUCUUUGGUGGUUAAUGUUCUUUCAUAGCUUGACAAGCUGUUGCACUCCGCCCUACUUCCGUUGCCAAAAUGCGUGAGCACACCUUCGUACUUCAUCGUUCUUUACAAACUGUUGAUGUCGAGUCGGUAACUUCCACCGGGUCUCGACGAGGCGCGCGCGCGCGCGCGCGCGAUAUUGAACUGAGCGGUCCGGUAGGAGGUUAGGUGUGGAUGGCAGAGCGGGCAGCGGCGACGUAGAGUAGAGGAAGGGAGGGUGAGGGAGGGCAGCGGUCUUUGAUGGCGGACAGGAAACCUCCAGGGUCAUGAAUUUUUCAGCGAGCCGCAUCCGCGGGGUUACAAGGACUCGUACAGGUGUAAGGAAGCAGGUUGUCGCAGACAUCUGUUCAGCGCGGGGACCCGGGUGUCCAUUCCACCCCCCCCCACCACAGCCCUCCCCCUUCUCCUUGCCAAGCAUCCAUCCUCACCCCUCUUCCCUCCCUCAGUGCUGCUGCCCGGAGCCAGACUGCUGGAUUGUCAGCAGAUGCAGAAGAGAGACUUUUUUUUUUUUUUCUGGUCUCACAUUUUAGCGCCCGAGGGCCUCCAACACCAAAGGUAGAGCGGGGGUGGACACAGCUGCAGUGCCGAACUCGCCCCCAGGCACAAAUAAAGAGAUCUAAUGCGGUUUGACUGUGUUGUCGGUGAGACCGGGGGAGCCAGGGAGGCACUUCAGAGCCGACUUCGCACGGCAACAUCUGCCGCCAAGUUUUGCCGGGGAUCGACUGGGGACAGCAGGUAGAGGAAGGUGGCAGAGAGAGAGAGGGAGGCAGAGAGAGAGAGGGAGGCAGAGAGAGAGAGAGAGAGAGAGAGAGAGGCAGAGAGAGAGAGAGCACUUAUUCUGGUGCUUAAUCAGGCUCUUUUCUUUGAAGCGGCGUUGUGCAUACAUGAGUAUUCAUACUCACGGUAUUGUUUUCUAAAAGCAGCUGUCCUCACAAUGUCCAAACAAGGUGUAGAAUGAAUGAUGCAUCCGCAGACAUUAAACCCUCCGACAGAAGGAGACAGAAUAGCAGGCGAAGCCAAGAAAAAAAAGAAAAAGCGGCGUCUUCAUGAGUCCGUGUGGGUUUCCAUUUGUUCCUCUCGGCUCUCAUCUGUUCCUCACCAGGGAGCCGUGUGGGCUGAGAACGCUGCCGUGUGUGGAGGUUAAUACUAUUAUCUGAUGGACCUUCAUGUGUUGGAGAGUUUCUAAAAGGCUUUUUGUUUCCAUGUGGGGGCUGGUCCUUGGUGUGUCUUUAAAGCACUAAUGAGGUGAUGGUUACUGAUCCUUCGGGGUUAAAGCAUCUCGGAUACUGCUCAAGAUCUCAAACGGCGUCUUUGCACGACCUUUGCAGACGUUCAAACGCUCCUCGUGUCCCAGUCGGUCUCUGCUACUUGUUCUUAGAUUCAACAGACUUGUUUCACAUAUGUAACAAAUAAUAAGAAAACAUGAUAAGAAUAACCAAUAAAAUGUACAAUAAUACAUGAUUAACUAUUAUUUGAAAAAAAGGAAAGUAGGCAGAAGUAAACACAAGGUUUUAACCCUUUCUAUAAGUUAAAUAAUGAACUUAAUGUUUAUCACAUACACACAUAAUCAUCUUAAUAUGUAAAACAAAACAAUAACGAGACGAGGGCCCUUCCUCACCCCUGUAACCUUAAAAAACAAUGUUUGUAUUUUGCUACACGUCUUCAUCCAACAGAUGAAUAAACGCGCUCAUCGUGGCACAACUACCAUGUUUUUAGAUUAAAUGUUGCUCUUCAGGUUAUGAUCUCCUCUCUGUCUGGAAAUAUGUGUUUUAUGUUGCCAGGAAGUAAAUAGUUUCUUGCUUUGUGCGUUAUUCAUGCAGAUAAACAUAUGACAUCAUGGUAUUUGUUAGAGUCAACUAACUGGAAAAAAUUGUUAACAUUUAUCAAGAGCAUAUUUACACGUUCAUAAUCCUCUCGUGUAAACUCACAAGUGAAUGCAGCGGCACGAAGAAUGUAAAUCCUACAACCAGCAGGAGAGAUUUAAAGCUGCAGCACUCUGACAAUACAGAUAUUAUUAUUAUUAUUAUUAUUAUUAUUAUUACUAUCUAGUGCUGGAAUAAUGUAGUGGAUUUAUUGAUUAGUUGAUCAAUUGAAAAAUGUGUUUUUAUACUUGAUGAAUCUUUAGAGUCGCUCACUCAGAACAAGAACUUCAUCAAUAAUGAAAAUAAUCCACUUAUACACUGGGGGGGGGCCUUUGUGUUUUUUGUACGUAUAAUUCCAACAUUAGUAUUUUUUUGAACUAUUGUUUUUGUUAUGACUACUACUCACAAAGAACUUGAAUAUUAAUGUAGAAAAGCAAAACGUACACUCUAGUGAACGACAGCACAGAGGCUCAGUCGUCUGAACCCCUUUCAUUCUUACCUUUCACAAUAAAAGCUCGACACCGAUUCAUUGUGUAACUGUUGACCAGAAGGAACUCAAAUUCUCUCCGAGCUUUUCACUUAAAGAAGGCUCAAUGAAUGAUCUUACAGCAGCUUAAAAGCUGCACAACAGUUAACGUCAGACAGACUGACAACAGGAUCCUGGUAGUUUCUCCUCUGCCUCUGUGAAUCGAUUCAAAACUUGACGUUGGAGUCAGAUGGAGGGAGGAGAGAGAGGAAGGGUGGAUGUUAAAGAGGGGUGUAAGGAGGGGAAAUGAGCUUCCAGAGCAAAUGGAGCUCAAGUUUCUCUCAGAGUUCCUCUCAGUGGCAGAUGGUGGAGUGAAUGGGGGGGGGGGGGGGAUAAUACAUUCCAAUAUGUUAAAUGUCUACAGGAAGAAAGAUUUUAGAAAGAUCCAUCACGUAAAAAAACGUUGCUUUCAUGGGUUUCUCUACUUGAGUAGAUUUGCGACAUCAGACCAUUUUGAAACUCUUGUGAUGCGUUCAAGUACAAUCAGACAACUUGGAUUUCAGAGUCAGCUGCCGAACAUUAUAGCUUCCACUACAGCCAUGAUAGUUGAAUCUCAUCGGCCUUUUGGGUUUACAUUUCAGCAGCUUUUUAUGGGAGCUAAUCGGGAAAAGUUUGAUGUUCCAACAUCUGUGUGAACAGCAACCAGCAGCAAAACUGUUUAAAGUAGCUGCGAGCAAAACUGUCAAAUAAAAAAUAUUGUAAAUAAAGGUUUCUUUGUAUUGAUCCAGUGGUGAUUUCACCAAAGUCACACAACAACAGAAACAAAUGAACCGAUGGAGGCAGCGGUGUUCUGCGAGGUAAAGUCACUGUUUUUGUCAAAGAAGUCUGGUUGCGUGGAAGAGAGUGUAGAUAACAUCUUCAGUGCUGGUACUCCGGUCUGUUUCUCCAAACGGGGGGCGUGCAGACUGGAUCGGAACCUCAUGCAACUCCUCUUCAAAAGCAUCCAAACUAUCCCUCUAACUAAAAUCAGUGACAGAGUUAAAGAUAGGAGGUUAGUAUGAAAUGGAAGGCAUGCUUUUGAAGAUCAUAAGUAGCAAUGUAAAGUACACGAUUUGUACUAAUUGUUUCAAUGAAUGCACUGAAUAUUUACGAUAAUAUAACGAAUAUAACACGAUGACCAUUGUGUGUCAUCGGUCAUGUAGUGACAGAAUCACACGUAUACGGCACAAACAUUUUUACAAAACUAAAAAGAUGACAUGAAUUUCGGGGUUUCAUGAAGGCAGCAUGUCGUUGCUAUUUGAAGAGGAAAGUAUCACUGGUCUGUACACAUACUGCACAAACAUAAGGGAUGACUAAUAUCACCAGUAGUAAACUAGUUAAACCCGACUUAAACAUUGGACCACAGCCACGCUAUAGGAUCAGCAGUAAACUGGCUGCACUGGUGUAUCAGUAUGAGCAGGCUGGUCACAUGGAAGCGAUCCAAGAGAGCUGAUUAUUGAGAUACACGAUGACCCAUUUAGAUGAUGCAAGUUUCUAUGUAAAGAUCGAGUUUAGUAUUGGCAUCCUGAGCAGAGAACUCGGUCACUCAUUCUUCUGUUUGUGUUCUAAUCCAAGCUUCUCUCUUCUUUGUUCUGGUGGUAUAGAGCCGGCCUUGUAUUCAUGUUGGUGCAUGUCAGUCCUCUUCCUUUUGAAACUGUUUGCUCUUCAUAAAUAGAGCGUGACCUCCCACACGGCAUUGCAAAAGUGCAGUUUGAAGCAUUCAGCUGAAGGUUCUUUAAAGCCAAUGCGGAAGUAUCUUAAACUUGCAUUCUCUCUACUGACCACCAGGGGGCGACUCCUCUG